CGCUAGAAUUAACGGCACGUCGGAUAUAUAUGUAAACAGCGGCAGUCUUCUCACGCUCACCUGCUUGAUGUCUCAAGGACCCCACGACCUAGGAACAGUAGCUUGGUUUCGUGGUAACCAGCCAGUGAUGACGUCUCCUCAUUCGGAGAACGACGUGAACGGAGAACCUCGCAUCACCGUUGAAACCGAGUGGAGCGACGCUCUCACGUCGAGAUUAAAGAUCACCCAUGUAAAGAGAAGCGACUCUGGAAACUAUAGUUGCGUGCCCACUGUGGCUGAAAGGGCCAGCAUCAACGUUCAUGUUAUUAAUGGGGAGCAUCCAGCUGCAAUGCAGCACGGGAACACGGCAGCAGGCUCGCCAACAUCGAAGACGGUCCUCGUAAUGCUCGCCUUCUUUUUGGGUCAAUUGAGAUAAUGUGUGUUCUCGUACGUGUCCGUGAGUGUGUCUCCUACCUGUAUGUGUAUACUAUGCCACGUACGUGUACCUGUGUGCAUGCCUGCGCGUGUGACCGUGUGUACGUGC